CUCAACUUAUUAAAUAACCAUUCUAUCAAAUCAAAAUCAAACACCUCAAAACCAAUCGAUAAUUUUAAUCCCAAUCCGAGCAUCAAAAAAACAUGAGAAUCAUCAUCAAAGGUGGUGUUUGGCGUAACACAGAAGAUGAAAUCUUAAAAGCAGCUAUCUCAAAAUAUGGAAAAAAUCAAUGGGCUAGAAUCUCUUCUUUAUUAGUUAGAAAAACUCCAAAACAAUGUAAAGCUCGUUGGUAUGAAUGGCUAGAUCCAUCAAUUAAGAAAACUGAAUGGUCUAAAGAAGAAGAUGAAAAACUAUUACAUUUAGCUAAAUUAAUGCCAACUCAAUGGCGUACGAUUGCACCAAUUGUAGGUAGAACGGCCAAUCAAUGUUUAGAAAGGUAUCAAAGAUUAUUAGAUGAAGCUGAACAACGUGAUACAGUUGAAGGUGGUGAUGAACUUGGUUUGACGGGUACAGGAGCUGAAGCUGGUCCGAGUGCUGAUGAUGUUAGAAGACUUAGACCUGGUGAAGUAGAUCCUGAUCCGGAAGCUAAACCUGCUAGACCUGAUCCGAUCGAUAUGGAUGAAGAUGAGAAGGAAAUGUUAUCAGAGGCUCGAGCUAGAUUGGCUAAUACUCAAGGAAAGAAAGCUAAGCGUAAGGCACGAGAACGUCAAUUAGAAGAAGCGCGACGAUUGGCUAUGUUACAGAAGAAGAGGGAAUUAAAAGCAGCCGGAAUUAUGAUGCGAAUGCGACCCAAGAAAGAUGGAAUGGACUAUAAUGCAGAUAUUCCAUUUGAAAAACAACCAGCACCAGGUUUUUACGAUACCACACAAGAAAAAAACAAAUUUGUAGCAGCACCAGUCGGUAAGAACUUGAGACAAUUAGAUUCACAUAAAAGAACAAGAGCAGAAGAUGAAGAAGAAAGAAGAAAACGAUCACGUAAGGCGAAAGAAACAGCAGCCGAUCAAGAUGCUUCAUCACAUUUCAUUCCAGCUAAAGAUAAUUUGAUUCAACGUCAGAAAGAAGAAGCUAAUAUUUUAAAAAGAAGGAAAUUAAUGUUACCUGAACCUCAAGUAGGAGAACUAGAAUUAGAAGAUAUUGUAAAGAUUGGUCAAGCAGGAGAGACAGCUAAGAAUCUAGUAGAAGAAGGUGGUGAAGGAGCUAGUCAAGGUUUAUUAGGAGAAUAUUCUACACUUCAGCAUGCUCAAACAGCUCGUACACCACGUACACCAGCUCAAGCUGAUAAUAUUAUGGCAGAAGCAAGAAACUUAAGAAACAUGACCAUGGCUCAAACUCCAUUAUUAGGAGAAGCAAAUACGCCUUUACACGAAUUAUCAAGUAGAGGGACUGGAUUUGAUGGUGCUACACCUGCUCGAACGGUUUCUGCUACUCCGAAUCCAUUAGCGACUCCUUUACACUCAGAUAGUCGUGAUCCUAGUGCGACGCCUGGUGGGGAUGGGAUCGGACCGGGUGGUACACCCAUGCGAACACCUUUACGUCGAAAUAAUCUUAACAUCAAUGCUGGAGAUGAUGGAUCGAUGAUGGGAGAUACACCACGUGAUUCAAGAAACCGACCUAUCGAUCUUAAACAACAACUCAAGCGAGGUUUCAUGGCAUUACCUAAACCGAAGAAUGAUUACGAACUUGUGUUACCUGAAGAAGAACUUGAAAGGAUAGCCGAGAUUGCAGAUGAAGCUGGAUCGAUGAUCGAAGAUGCGGCAGAUCGAGCAGCUAAGAUGAAAGCCAUCAGACAAGAAGAAGAACAGAAAGCAUUAGUGAGACGUACACAAGUUAUUCAACGUGGUUUACCUAGACCGAUUGAAUUUGAGUCAAGUCAAUUAACCAAAAAUUUUAAGACUGGAAACAAACUUGAAGAUCAUCUUGAUAGACAAAUCACACAAGAGAUGGUGAAAUUGAUUUUACAUGAUGCUAUAGUAUAUCCAGUACCGGGAGGCAAGAUUGCUGGUGGAGGUAGAUCAACUUUAGAUCCUAUUGAAGAUGAACAUCUUGCUACAGCUAAGGCAUUAGUACACCAAGAACUUGCAGAUGUAUGUGGAUUUCCAGGAGCAACAGAAGAUCAAAUCAAAAGAGUAGCAGUCUUAGGAGAUGAAGAAGAGUUUCGAAAAAGGUGGAUAGAACAAUCAGAAGGAUAUUCGUUUGAUGAAAACCGAUUGAAAUGGGUUAAAGAAUCAGACUUGUCAGAUGAAGAAAAGAUGAAAGGAAUGAAAUCAUUGAUAGAUGAAUCGAGACAUCAAUUGAUUAAAGAAGCUAAUCAAGCUAAUAAAUUAGAAAAGAAAUUAGGUAAAUUGAUUGGAGGUUAUGAAGCUCGAUUCAAAUCUCUCAAUCAAAGCUUUCAAGAAACUUUUAAUCGAUUAGAUCGAUCUCAAAUCGAAUUAUUAAGUUUUGAAAGAUUAGAACUUAAUGAGGUUGGAGCUUCUCAACGUAGAUUAGAAAGUUUAAAAGAAGAAGUUGAGAAAUUGAUGAGAUCUGGUAGAGAAGGUCAAUCUACUUAUAAGGAACUUAUGGAAGAACGUGAUCGAUUGAAAGUUAGCAUUGAAGAUCUACAAGCUGAAUUAACCAUGCAAGAAGUUGAAGCGGUUAAUGAAGUAGCAUUAGAUACGAUGAAUACAGAAGAAUAAAAGGUUUUUUUUCUUUUGAGAAAAGUGGUGAAAGAAGAUCAUUGAUGUGGAUUUGUAUUUUGGUUGGGUUUGAUUUGAUUUGUAAAGUUGAAUGGAUUGAAUGAUUUUUACUUAAAAAGUUUUGAAAAUAUCAGAAAAGAGAUGGAUGGUUGUAUGAUUUAAUGGUUUCGAAAAAUAAAUAAAAUCAAAUUAGGUUUGGUGUUUCUU